UAUUCCAAUUUAUCCCAAAUUCCAUUGUCAACUCUUUGACAGCUUUUUUAGGACUGUUAUGAAUGUUUUAUGAAUGUUAUCGCUUUGAGUGACUUUUUAUUCUGCCGGAUAGAGCAAAUGAAACCACUGUCGCAUUGUGCAAUGUAAUCUGAUCACAAUAAUAAAGUGUUUCCAUCAUCAAUGGCUUAUGUCAUGCGGUUCCUCGAUAGCAUUUGUGAUCUGAUUCCCUCGUUGUUGCAGUAUCUUUUGAAACCAGAGCGAUUGCUCCUUGCGCUUUUUUGGUCAUUUCUGGUACUGUGUUGCGUUGGCUGGUGUUUUGUCGCUGACAGAUUUCGGAUUCCUGUUUGUGUGAAGAGGAAGUUUUUCCAUUUUAUAGCCUCUGUGAUAUUUAUCACGGGAAUUCAGUACGAUCCUUCGUUCCUCUGCUUAGCCUCAGUGGCUGCGUUGUCCUUGUUUUUCACGUCGGAGGGUGUUCGCAUUUCCGGACCUCGAAAAAUUUCCGAUGCCAUUUCGAUGGCCAUUGCGCCUUUCUUGGACUCCAAAGAUCAGGGAAUUGUAAUAUGGUCGCAUAUAUUUUUGCUUCUGGGUUUGUCGAUGCCGCUCUGGUUGGAUUUGAUGGCUUACCAGUUCCGCAUGCAUUCAGUAGUAUCGUACGCUGGCGUGGUUACUAUUGGAAUCGGGGAUAGUUUUGCCGCUAUAAUCGGCAGCUACUUCGGCCGGAUUCCCUGGAAAGGCCGCAAUCGAACGGUGGAAGGCAGCGCGGCAAUGUUGAUUUCUCAGAUUUUAUUUUUGGAAUUUAUUGGACUGGUGGAUCCUGUGAUAUUUUUGAAUAGCGCCCUGCAGAGAAGACUGGCCUUCAUCGUGCACUGUGUCUGCACCACAGCUGCAGAAGCGCUGCUGCAUGGUUCAGAUAAUGUUUUCAUUCCUUUAUUGUCUGUGAUGUUAGUGUGGCCAUUGAGAUCAUAAAGAGAAAAGAAAAUUUAAACUGCUUUGUGUAUCGACUCCCAGUGUGGAUGUGAUGCUACCGGUACAGAGCAAAAGUAUUGUAUUUUAUAUUUAUGUACUAGUAUUUGUUCUACUCUCUGGAUAAGUACAGUAGUUUAUUGUAUUAAAAAGUGCGGAAAUGUUGUUAUUAUUGUUAUUAUUGUUUACUGGCGUUUUGGUGGCAUGCUUACGCGCCAGUCUGUGUUUCCUUAUGACACUGUUUCCUUUAUAAUUUCUCAUGACCGUCCUUGACCUCUUGGUUUGAAUUUCUAAAUCGAAAGAAGAAUAAA